AUGCAAUUUUUCCCUUCCGCGAAGCCGAGAAAUACUCUUCGUGUUUCGGUAGGCGGGUGGAUCGGGGCGGUUGCCAGGAAGCCGAAAAAACAUGUGCAAACAUGUUUCGUGGAGAAGCCGAAAAAACAUGUGCAAACAUGUUUCGUAGGUGGAAAAGCCGAAAAAACAU